GCCAGGGCUUACAGUCUCUGUCGUUACGUCCGUCUGUCUGUCUGUCUCUGCGUCUCUGGGAAGGACUGGCGUUCCAAGUGAAAGAGUGAAGACUGGAACCGCAAGAGGGAGGUGCAUAGCUGCAGCUCAAAGAAAAUGAAUGGCACACUGGAUCACCCAGACCAACCAGAUCUAGAUGCUAUCAAAAUGUUUGUGGGUCAGGUACCACGGAGCUGGUGUGAGAAGGAUCUAAGAGAACUCUUUGAACAGUAUGGUGCUGUCUAUGAAAUCAACGUCUUGCGGGAUAGGAGUCAAAACCCUCCUCAAAGUAAAGGGUGCUGUUUUGUUACAUUUUAUACCCGUAAAGCUGCACUAGAAGCACAGAAUGCUCUUCACAACAUGAAGAUCCUUCCAGGGAUGCACCAUCCUAUCCAGAUGAAACCAGCUGACAGUGAGAAGAAUAAUGCAGUAGAAGAUAGGAAAUUGUUUAUUGGAAUGAUAUCCAAGAAGUGCAAUGAAAAUGAUAUCCGAGUGAUGUUCUCCUCCUUUGGGCAGAUUGAAGAAUGCAGAAUAUUACGGGGCCCAGAUGGUCUGAGCCGAGGUUGUGCAUUUGUGACUUUUACAACAAGAGCCAUGGCACAAACAGCAAUCAAAGCAAUGCACCAAGCACAAACCAUGGAGGGUUGCUCUUCUCCCAUUGUGGUAAAAUUUGCAGACACACAAAAGGACAAAGAGCAGAAACGAAUUGCUCAGCAACUCCAGCAACAAAUGCAACAGAUCAGUGCUGCCUCUGUUUGGGGAAACCUAGCUGGUCUGAACACACUUGGACCCCAAUACUUAGCACUUUAUUUGCAGCUCCUUCAGCAGACAGCAGCUGCUUCAUCUGGAAACCUGAACACAUUGAGCAGCCUCCACCCAAUGGGAGGAUUGAAUGCAAUGCAGUUACAGAACCUGGCUGCAUUAGCAGCUGCGGCCACUGCAGCUCAGAAUACACCGAGUGGCACCGCUGCACUCACUUCUUCCAGCAGUCCCCUGAGUGUGCUCACCAGCUCAGCAGGUUCCUCACCUAGCUCCAGUAGCAGCUCCUCUGUUAACCCAAUGGCUUCUCUUGGAGCAUUGCAAACACUGGCAGGGGCUACAGCAGGCCUCAAUGUUAGCUCUCUAGCAGGAAUGGCAGCCUUAAAUGGAGGACUUGGCAGUAGUGGUCUCUCCAACGGGACAGGUAGCACAAUGGAAGCACUCACCCAAGCCUAUUCUGGAAUCCAGCAAUAUGCUGCUGCUGCAUUGCCCACACUCUAUAAUCAGAGUCUCUUAACACAGCAGAGUAUUGGUGCAGCAGGAAGUCAAAAAGAAGGUCCAGAGGGAGCCAAUCUGUUCAUCUACCAUCUCCCCCAGGAGUUUGGGGACCAGGAUCUGCUGCAGAUGUUCAUGCCAUUUGGAAACGUCGUCUCUGCAAAGGUUUUCAUUGACAAGCAGACCAAUCUAAGCAAGUGUUUUGGUUUUGUGAGUUACGACAAUCCUGUCUCUGCGCAGGCUGCCAUUCAGUCCAUGAACGGCUUUCAGAUUGGCAUGAAACGUCUGAAAGUACAACUCAAGCGCUCUAAGAAUGACAGCAAGCCAUACUGAGCGCCCCUCCCCUCCGGGACUGGAGUGAGAAGGAUCUUCUGAUUCCUGCCGUUUGUUCAUCGUUGUGCCUAAAGCAUGUCGAUGUGGCGUUCAAGUACAUCGUCCAAAUCCUUGUCUCUUCAGCUUCUCUGAUGCUUGAACUCUCACCUUUGACCUUGUGUUGACCUUUGAUGCUGAUGUGUAUUUUUAUUAUGUUUGUUUCUUUCUUUGUUUUUUUUUUUUUUUGUUUUGGGUUUUGUUUUUUUUUUUUGUUUUGUUUUUUUUGUGCUGCCAAAUUGGUUUUGCUAGAAAGACUGCUGAAGGGGAAUAUUUAAACUUGCAUUUGAAUAUUAAAAAAAUUUCUAUUUUUCUAGACCUUCGUAAGAUAACCACUUGAUUUUGUGAAUCUGAUUCUUUGUAAUUGUCUUCAGAGCAGCCUUGCUAGCAUACCUUGUGGAGUAUUUGUAUUUCUGUGAACAUACAGCCAAUCACUUUCUAGGCUUAGUUUUUUCUGUGUGCUUAGUUUUAAAAACACAGUUUUGAAGAAAAAGUCAAUUAUAUGGUGUGACUCAAUCUUUCAGGAGGCUUCCUUAGUCACAUUUUGCUGAUCUGGUUUCUGUCCUUGAGGAGACAGUAUGUAUUUUUACGAGUUCAAACUUGUGACUUGAGUGGCAUCAGCAGAAAACACUUGAACUACACUUUCUUCUGAUUGUAGCUACGUUUUCGCCCUGGCACUUACUGAUUCCCCCUCCACCCCCCACCCCGUGUGAUUAUCAGUCUGCAGUGAAAAUUUGAUCAAAGUUGAUGUUGUAUUUUGUUAAGCCCCAGCAUGCUUGUUUUUCGUAACUACAAUCUCCUCAGCAAAAUGUGAUGGUUUUGUUUUAUUCUUUCAAGCUAAGAUAGUGCCCAGUAACGUUUUGCAUGUUUCCUGCUGUUUUCUUCACACCCUCGUAUAUAUCGCCUUCACCUCUCUGUUUUCUAUAGUUUGUGCAAAAACUGAGCAAUUUAAUGGGUUUCAAAGGUAUCCUUUUAAAUUGGUGUUUUUGGUAUAACAAAUGUCCCGUCAGAAGCCACCUGAGGGCAUCUACCUGUGCACUUAGACUGUCUGCCUGACAGAGCACCUGGACCUUGUUCCAUCUCCGGAGCCAUGGGAGGUGCCUGGGGCUGGGUUGCACUGCUCCUGUAGCAGGAGUUUUGGCUGAAGGGAAUAGUUGGGAAGCAGGAAGGUGAGGCAACUUCACAGUAUUUCUGUUUCCCAAAUUCUCCGAAACUAGGGCUCCUCUGAAACACUCUUUACUAGUAUUGUAUCAAAGUUGGGGCAUAUUUUUGUGAAGUCCAGCCCCAGCUUAAUACCAUCAGUCAGACCUUGGUGGCAGGAUCAUUGAAGACUCGAGGUUAGCUCUUGAAAUAAGAACAUAUAGAAUAUCCCAGAGAAAGCGUUUGUAAACCUGGUUACACAACUGCUGGCUCUUUCCCCAAGUGACAAGCACAAUACAACAGCCUCUGAAGCUGUUACCUGAACAGGGUACCAUCCCCAGCCCUCUUCUCAAGGGCCUUAGCUGGGGAAUCUCUACGGAGAUUUUUUAGGUUUUCUUUCUUUCUUUCUUUCUCUCUCUCUCUCUUUUUUUUUUUUUUUUUUUUUUUUUUUAAGUUUUAGUUUUUAAUUGGGUAAUGAGCUAAGCAGUUUUUCUGCCUCACAGGAUGAACUAGAACAGGUUACCGCUUUCUGGGUGCCAGGAUUCCCCCUACCCUACAUAUGAUCUGCACAGGUAGUAACUGGGAUGUAGCUUCUAGAUGAAGGCACCUGGAAGAGUGUUUGCUGUGGUGAAAUAUCAGUCACAGGGAGAAGUGAGCUAGUGUAGGUGCCUUAACAGGAGAAAAUAGUGUGGAACAAAAUCCCAGGAGAAAGGGAUUUGCUGAGAAAAUAAAUGCCCUUUGAUAGGGUAGAAAUCUUAUUUUUGUCCAGUGCUUGGGAUAAUAAAGAUGCUAAAGAAUUUACUCUAUUCUACUGCUGAGUUGGCUGAGGAUACUAUAAUUCUCAAUAGAAAUUGGUUAGAAUUGUGUAGACAGUCCUUAAUCCGCUUAUAAAAGACAGAAAAUUUUUGGAUAUGGUGCAUAUACCUGAGAGUGGAGUGUGAGGCUGGAUGAGAAAAGGAUAGAGACUCGUUUAUUUGGGAGGUAGGGUUGUGGGCUGGCUGCUGUUAGUCCCACAGUCUGAAUGCACAGGGCUGUGUGCCAGUGGGGGGCACUGAUACCCUGCAGUGUAUUGAGUAACUGCCAGUACAUUUCUGUACAUGCGCAUUUGGUUCCAUAAGGAACUUUGGGGAAACCUGUGGAAAAAUAUCUGAAGAAAACCAAAAUGCCAAAUGUUGGAUGUUUCUUUCCUUUCUUCUUUCCCUUUCUUCCUUUGGUUGUUUUAAUUGUUCUGUGGUGGUUUUAAUGGAUUUGAGACAGUGGAGCAGCAGCUGCCUUUCUGAUUUUUGGCUGCUUUUUUGUGAAUAAUUUAAAAAGAAAAUUUACAUUUUGGAGACAAACCUGUGGGCUUUUUUAUUGGUACAAACAUUGUAUUUAACACUAGGGGUUUUGUACAGUUUUUUGCCUUUUCUACUAGAAAACAAUGUAAAGUGAUUCACAAUGUGACGAGAAAACAAAUUGCCACUAUGACCAAAUGUAGAGUCUGUUCUGCAGUAAUGGGAUUUAAUCAACUCAAAGUCGUGGUUCAGUCGUAGAAAUGCUUUUCUUUACCUUGUUUGAGCUGUUCCUUUUUUCUUGUUUUGAUUUGCAAAACAAAAUGUCUUUUUUGUGUGAAAUUGUGUUGUACUCUGUAGAGAAUUACGGAUUUUACUUUAAUGGUUUAAAAAGCAGAGGAGCACGUGUUGCUUUUCUGAGCUGAUCGCAGAGUUUGUGUAGUGGAUUUAAAAAUGAAAAGAUUUGUUACAAGUUUGGAACGAGCGAGUAUGUGUUAAAGGAAUUUUCUUCCUUUUGUGUGUUUUUUUUUUCUUUUUGUCCCAAAGGGCAACUUAAAGCUGUUUUAAUUGCACAGACACACCGACAACAAGUCAUUUUGUAUAUGCCAAGUGUGGUACCUUCCUUUGUUUAUUUGCUAUUAAACUGUUUGAGAAAA